AUGGCGCUCGAAGCCUCAGGGACAGAACAGGCGUCGUUCGUUCCGGGUACUGUGCUUUUGAUCGACGACACGCACGAACAAUCCACCAAACAUGCGACCGGUAAACAUAUGGGGAUCGUUCUUAUCCCGCCUCCAUCAGAUGAUCCGAAUGAUCCAUUGAAUUGGUCUCCGGCGCGAAAGAGACAACAUCUCAUCCUGCUAUGCGUCUAUACUUUCUUCAUGAAUGGCCUAAUUAACUUUUACGGCGUCGCGUAUGAUGGCCUAGCCCCAGACCUUGGCACAACCAUUGACGGAUUGAAUAUGGGGAGCGCAAUUUUGUUCCUUUUUACUGGCGUUGGAGCAGCCUUCUGGCAACCGGUCGCGAUGAAAAUCGGUCGUCGCCCAGUCUACAUCAUUGGACUUUUGAUUGCCAUGGUCGGCAGCAUUGUUGGCGCAGUUCAAACCAGUCUAGAGGUUUGGGUAACAUUUAAUGUAUUUUGGGGCUUAGGUUGCGGUCCAAAGGAAGGACUGCCCCAGAUUUCCUUGCAAGACACAUACUUUGCUCAUCAAAUGGGAUCCAAGGUUGGAUACUGGGCGCUGUCUUACAGCGCCGGUGCCUUUGUUAUUCCACUUGUUGCGGGUUACGUCUAUGUCGAUUUGGGUUGGCGCUGGUGUUUUUGGAUUACCGCAAUCGGUUUUGUCGCUAUGGCCGUUACGUUGUUUUUUGGACUUGAGGAAACACUCUACCCAAGAUCAUACAACACACCGCAGAACGCUCAACCUCUGGAAAGUAACGCGGCAUCUCUGACAGAGAUAUAUUCCCAAGGGACAGAAGCCGCAUGUUUAGAUCCAUCUAUUCAGUUGAAGACCUACUGGAAGACGCACCCACUACAUUCGUGGGGCGUAAAUCCCAACAAAAGCUGGCACGACCUGUUCCUUCGCCCUUACCAACUUGCCCUAUUUCCACCCGUUCUCUGGGCUGGUGUAUUUACGGGCGUGUCGAUUUGCUGGUGGGCUGCAAUUUUCACCACAGAGUCUCAAUUCUUCACGGGCCCACCCUAUCACUGGAGCGGAGAGAAGGUAGGACUUACCAACGUCCCCGCUCUCAUAGGCUCCAUCCUUGGCACCCUGUUUGCCGGAAAUGUGAGCGACUGGUUCAUUAUCGUUGCCGCGCGCCGAAACAACGGUAUCCGAGAGCCAGAGCACCGGCUCAUCCUACUAGCCCUGACAGCGAUCAUCACGUCCGGCGGCCUAGUCAUGUACGGUAAAGGGGUAGAAGUCGGAAUACACUGGACAUGUCCUGUAUUCGGCAUGGGACUGAUGGCGUUCGGAUUCACAGCAUCCUCUAUUAUCGGAGAGACCUAUAUCUUGGACUCCUAUCGGGCCGUGGCUCCAGAGUCAUUGGUUCUGAUCAACAUCUUUCGCAAUCUGAUCGGCAUGACUUUCGUCUUCACUAUACAACCAUGGCUGAUCCACUCCGGCUAUGGCAAUGCAUAUAUCCAGAUGAUGGUCAUGGGACUUGUCGCUCAUUUGACGGUCAUUCCGAUGAUGAUUUGGGGGAAACGAUUACGGGCGAUGACUGCCGGGCGAUACUUGCGCAUGGUCGAGGCGAGCGGUAUACCUCGGGAAUUUGCCUGA